AUGUCUUCCCGCGCCUUCAGCUCCGUCGUCUUGAAUGAGCUGCUCAAGGAGAUUGAGCAGAUCGAAGAAGGGAUUGGUCUUGAUGAUGAAAAAUGGGCGGCAGCCAUGACGAAGAAACAUUCUCGUGCAAUUCAGGAGGAGCCCGUCGUGUACCUGACAGAGGAGGAUAAUUUCUUAGCAAGACAGUACCUGGCUCGGUACAAAGAGCUGGGCAUGGAUCUUGCUGACAGAGCCACCCGAUUCAUCCGUGACAAGCACGCUGCGGAUAUCAGGGAGUAUUUACGGACCAAGCACGAGAACCGGUCUGCCUUGAUUGAGCAUGAUUCUACGGAGGAUAAUCAAUACUUUUUACCUAGUCACGACAGGGCGCCUAUGUGCUUUGAGGAAUGGUUCGCUGUCACCGAGGUGUGGAGGCUAACACUGGCGAUGAAAGAAAUUCCUUUCCAAGAUGCCGCUUUUGGAACGCCCGAAUGUCUUCUCAGUCCUCUGCCAAAGCGUUGGGAGGACAAACUGAACGAAUGCAUGCAAAUCACAGAUGCCUCGGCCAUCCUCCCCGUCCCCAAAGGCUACGGUCUUUCCAUCACGAGACAUGAUCUCAAUUCGAUCCUGCCUACGUCAGAUGCCAACACAGAUUUGUCAGGACUCCUCAGCGACACCAUUAGAGAUCAGUGGUUCCGGAUUCUCAUCUCUCACCGAAAUCAGCGCAAGCCUGGCAGCACCGUUGUUGUUCCCUCCGAUAGUCUGGAUUUGGCUGCUGCAACACCUCAAGAGGUUUCGGAAAAGGCGAUGUUGGUGAACGCGGACAUCGAUAUGAUCCUGUUCCCGACUGUCAUCAAAGAGCAGGACCACUGCAUCCUCCUCGCGGCGUGUCCACAGAGGCGUGCGAUUGCUGUCUACGACUCUCUGGGACCCGAGUCGACCAAGGCACUGCAAAAGAAGCGUCCUUGGAUCAAGGAGGGAGAAGUACAAUUGGAAGAGACGGUUUGGAAGGUGAUGUGGCUUCAAUGCACACUGCAAGGCGAAGAGGCUGCGAGUGGAGUUUUCAUGUUCAUCACUGCCUUGUUGCUCUGUCGGAACGAAACCCUUGUUGGCGGCUAUUCCAAAGAUGACUCGUUGUUUCUAAGACGGUACAUUGCGGCGGUCAUCUGCAUGGGGGAAUUGCCAGAAGAUUUCUAG